CAUACACUGGAUAUAAAUAUUCGGCACGAUUUACACCGAUGAUUGGGGAUAUACUUGCAAAUUCUUCAACGUGCAAAAGGCGACUUAUAAGGAAACUAAAAACCAUUAAUUUUCUUCAGUAAAGGAGUUCUUUGUUGUUCUCAUAUCAUUAGGAAAAAAUGCUACCCUGGACAUUCAUUACGCAGGUACCGAUCCUAUUUGUUCUUACAGACUGUGUAUUUUUAGUUAAUGCAGAGGUCCGUUAUUCUAUUCCAGAGGAACAGGCAAGAGGAGCUUUCAUAGGUAAUAUUGCUAAAGAUUUGGGAUUGGAUCAUCAGAGACUGAAAACAGGGAAAGCUCAUAUAUAUACCGAUGGGGGCACCGAAUACGUAGAGCUAAAUGUAAAUAAAGGGAUUUUAGUCGUUAAAGACAGAAUAGACAGAGAGCAGAUCUGCGGUAGAAUAAGUCCAUGUUUAUUACAUUUUCAGAUCAUCCUUGAAAAUCCAUUAGAAUUUCAAAGAGUUACGAUUGAUAUCAUUGAUAUAAACGAUAAUAAUCCAUUUUUUCCCAAAAAUAAUAUUCAGUUAGAAAUUAGUGAAUUUUCUCCUCCGGGAGCAAUGUUUACUCUACCGAAUGCAGAAGACAGUGAUGUGGGUGUAAACAGCUUGAAAUCAUACACACUCACACCAAAUGAUCAUUUUAAAUUAAAGAUGCAGACGCAAUCCGAUGGCAGCAGCUCUGUUAAUCUAUUGUUAGAAACGCCUUUGGAUAGAGAAACACAAGAAGAGCAUGUUCUAGUUUUAAAAGCGGUCGAUGGAGGGGAGCCUCAGAGGUCUGGAACAGCGGAAAUAAAAAUUAUUGUUCUCGACGUCAAUGACAAUGCUCCCGUUUUUACACAAGAGGUUUAUAAAGCUUCUGUCAGAGAGGACUCGUCGAUAGGUUCUGUUCUGAUAAGGGUACAGGCAAAUGACGCAGACAAAGACUUGAAUGGGCAAAUUAAGUAUUUUUUUGGACAUGUACCAAAUCAUGCUAAAGAUUUAUUUAUAAUAAAUCCAGACUCAGGGGAAAUUACUGUCAUUGGUCAAGUUGAUUAUGAGAACACUAAAGUUUUUGAAAUGACAAUAGACGCCAAAGACGUUGGUAGUCUUGUAACUUCUAGUAAAGUUAUAAUUGAAGUAAUAGACGUAAAUGACAAUGCGCCAUUAAUUAAUCUCAUGUCAGUCUCAAGUCAAAUCUCCGAAGAUUCUUUACCUGGGUCAGUGAUAGCAAUUUUUAAUGUACAAGAUAAAGAUUCAGGAAGAAAUGGAAAGGUUAAUUGUUUUAUUCUGAACAAUAAUAAUUUUCCAUUUAAAUUGACAUCGUCCUUAAACGACUUUUAUACUUUGCAAACAGACAGGUUUCUAGAUCGUGAGAAAGUGUCGCAGUACAACAUUACUAUUGUAGCUAAAGACGAUGGAGAGCCUUCACUUUCAGCCACUCAGACAAUCACAGUGCAGAUUAGUGAUAUUAAUGAUAAUGCUCCAAAAUUCGAAAAGGAGCAAUAUAAAACACACAUCACGGAAAAUAACGUACCAGGAUCUUCAUUUUUUUCGGUUAGAGCAAACGAUGAUGACUCGGGCCUCAACAGUAGAAUUUCUUAUUUCAUUGCAGAAAUGGGAAUUAAUAACAUCUCGGUUUCAUCAUUUGUAUCUAUUAAUUCAGACGAAGGUGUCCUCUAUGCUGUGCGUUCAUUCGAUUAUGAAGAGCUGAAUCAUUUUCAAGUCUCUGUGAUAGCUAAAGACAGAGGGUCUCCACCUCUCAGUUCUAGUGUAAUUAUAGAUGUUUAUGUUCACGACCAAAAUGACAAUCAUCCAGAGAUUUUAUAUCCAUUUCUGAAUAAAGGAUCUCCCGUUGCUGAAUUUAUACCUCGUUCUGCUGAUAUUGGCUAUCUUGUUACUAAAGUUGUGGCUGUUGAUAAAGACUCUGGACAGAAUGCUUGGCUUUCUUAUAAACUAAUCAAAGUUACUGAUCAGACGCUCUUUGAAAUAGGCUUACAUAAUGGAGAAAUAAGAACUCUCCGACAAAUUACGGAGAAGGAUACAACAAAGCAACGACUAGCUGUUCUAGUACAGGACAGCGGACAGCCUUCUCAUUCUGCAACAAUCUAUGUCAAUGUUGCAGUCACUGAUAACUUUGCAUUGGCGAUUUCGGAGUUCAAUGAUUUCACACAGGAGAAAACCAGUAAUGGCGACAUUAAGUUUUAUUUAGUGCUCUCCUUAGUGAUCGUCUCUUUACUUUUUGUUAUUUUCCUUAUAGUUUUGAUAUUUUUAAAAUUUCACAAAUGGAGACGCUCGAAACUUUUCAGUGAAUGCCCUAAUGGAACUCUCCCCGUUAUUCCUUAUUACCCGCCCCGUUAUGCAGAAGUGGGGGCCACUGGGACUCUUUGUCACGUCUAUAAUUAUGAAGUCUGCCUCACAUCAGAUUCAGGAAAAAGCGAAUUCAAAUAUAUGAAACCUCUGAUACAGAGCACAGUGGGAAUGGAUGCAAAUGAAACAGAAGCGAGGAAUCCCAUUCCGAGUGAAUUAAUUGCUGAAGAAGAUCUUAUGCAGGAAAAAAUGCUACCCUGGACAUUCAUUACGCAGGUACCGAUCCUAUUUGUUUUUACAGACUGUGUAUUUUUAGUUAAUGCAGAGGUCCGUUAUUCUAUUCCAGAGGAACAGGCAAGAGGAGCUUUCAUAGGUAAUAUUGCUAAAGAUUUGGGAUUGGAUCAUCAGAGACUGAAAACAGGGAAAGCUCAUAUAUAUACCGAUGGCGGCACCGAAUACGUAGAGCUAAAUGUAAAUAAAGGGAUUUUAGUCGUUAAAGACAGAAUAGACAGAGAGCAGAUCUGCGGUGGAAUAAGUCCAUGUUUAUUACAUUUUCAGAUCAUCCUUGAAAAUCCUAUAGAAUUUCACAGAGUUACGAUUGAUGUCAUUGAUAUAAAUGAUAAUAAUCCGUUUUUUUCCAAAAAUAAUAUUCAGUUAGAAAUUAGUGAAUUUUCUCCUCCGGGAGCAAUGUUUACUCUACCGAAUGCAGAAGACAGUGAUGUGGGUGUAAACAGCUUGAAAUCAUACACACUCACACCAAAUGAUCAUUUUAAAUUAAAGGUGCAGACGCAGUCUGAUGGCAGCAGCUCUGUUAAUCUAUUGUUAGAAACGCCUUUGGAUAGAGAAACACAAGAAGAGCAUGUUCUAGUUUUAAAAGCGGUCGAUGGAGGGGAGCCUCAGAGGUCUGGAACAGCGGAAAUAAAAAUUAUUGUUCUCGACGUCAAUGACAAUGCUCCCGUUUUUACACAGGAGGUUUAUAAAGCUUCUGUCAGAGAGGACUCGUCGAUAGGUUCUGUUCUGAUAAGGGUACAGGCAAAUGACGCAGACAAAGACAUAUAUGGGCAAAUUAAGUAUUUUUUUGGACAUGUACCAAAUCAUGCUAAAGAUUUAUUUGCAAUAAAUGCAGACUCAGGGGAAAUUACUGUCAUUGGUCAAAUUGAUUAUGAGAGGACCAAAGUGUUUGAGAUGACAGCAGACGCCAAAGACGUUGAUGGUCUUAUAAGUUCUAGUAAAGUUAUAAUUGAAGUAAUUGACGUAAAUGACAAUGCGCCAUUAAUUAAUCUCAUGUCAGCCUCAAGUCAAAUCUCUGAAGACUCUUUACCUGGGUCAGUGAUAGCAGUUUUUAACGUACAAGAUAAAGAUUCUGGAAGACAUGGAAAGGUUAAUUGUUUUAUUUUGAACAAUAAUAUUCCGUUUAAAUUGACAUCGUCCUUAAACAGCUUUUAUACUUUACAAACAGACGGGUUUCUAGAUCGUGAGAAAGUGUCGCAGUACAACAUUACUAUUGUAGCUAAAGAUGAUGGAGAGCCUUCACUUUCAGCUACUCAGACAAUCACACUGCAGAUUAGUGAUGUCAACGAUAAUGCUCCAAAUUUCGAAAAUGAACAAUAUGAAACACACAUCACGGAAAAUAAUGCACCAGGAUCUUCAUUUUUUUCUGUUAGAGCAAACGAUGAUGACUCGGGCGUCAACAGUAGAAUUUCUUAUUUCAUUGCAGAAACAGGAAUUAAUAACAUCUCAGUUUCAUCAUUUGUGUCUAUUAAUUCAGACGAAGGUGUCCUCUAUGCUGUGCGUUCAUUCGAUUAUGAAGAGCUGAAUCAUUUUCAAGUGUCUGUGAUAGCUAAAGACAGAGGGUCUCCACCUCUCAGUUCUAGUGUAAUAAUAGAUGUUUAUGUUCACGACCAAAAUGACAAUCAUCCAGAGAUUUUAUAUCCAUUUCUGAAUAAAGGAUCUCCUGUUGCUGAAUUCAUACCUCGUUCUGCUGAUUUUGGCUAUCUUGUUACUAAAGUUGUGGCUGUUGAUAAAGACUCUGGACAGAAUGCUUGGCUUUCUUAUAAACUAAUCAAAGUUACUGAUCAGACGCUCUUUGAAAUAGGCUUACAUAAUGGAGAAAUAAGAACUCUCCGACAAAUUACAGAGAAGGAUACAACAAAGCAACGACUAGCUGUUCUAGUACAGGACAGCGGACAGCCUUCUCAUUCAGCGACAGUCAAUGUCAAUGUUGCAGUCACUGAUAACUUUGCAUUGGCGAUUUCGGAGUUCAAUGAUUUCACACAGGAGAAAACCAAGCACAGUGGGAAUGGAUCCAAAUGA